CCCUCGCCGCCGCCGCCGCACCAUGCCGCCGCCGGUGCUGAUGGACGACCUCGUUGAGGAGGUUCUCCUCCGCCUUCCGCCCGACGAGCCCGCCUGCCUCGUGCGCGCCUCCGCCGUCUGCAAGCCAUGGCGCCGCAUCCUCGCCGGCCAGCGCUUUCGCCGCCGCUACCGGGAGUUCCAUUGGACACCUCCCGUCCUGGGACUCUUCGAAAGGAAUGGGCGUUUCGUCCCCACCUCCGACCUCUUCCCUGCCAAGCACGGCCACUCCGACUGGUUUGUCACAGACUGCCGCCACGGCCGCGCCCUCGCCAUCAUCAUCAAAUCCCUCGCCGUCUUCGACCCUAUAACGGGCCAGCGGCGCCGCGUGCCCUGGCCCCGUCCCGUUGACCAGUUGACCCACUUCAGUGCGGCGGUGCUCUGUGCCGCACAAGGCUGCGACCACCGCAGUUGUCAAGGAGGGCAUUUCUUUGUGGCCUUUGUGACCACUAGGAAAGAAGUCUCAUUGGGCUGGCUGUACUCAUCGGAGACUCGCGUGUGGAGCAACCUCACCCCUGUUCAUCACCCCAACGUCAAGUCUACCUCUGCCAUUGCUGUGCAUAGCGUCCUUUUGGGCGAUGCAAUCUACUUCAAUGCGGAUAGCAUCAUCGAGUGCCAACUUGGUACACGCUGUUUGUCGAUGUUCGAGAAGCCAAUCGAUGACAGUGGGAGUCUCAUGAUGGCCGAAGACUGCAGGCUGGGAUUCGCUGCGGUGGUGGAUGACACAGAUCUAACCCUGUGGUUCAGGGAGGUCGGAGCCGGACCCGAGGGAGCCAUUGGAUGGGAAAAACAUAGGGUAAUCGAUCUUAAGCUGCUGCUCCCUGAAGGGGCCCUCUCGAUCCCAACAUUUCAAGAUGGGGUUAGCGGCAUCGCUGAGGGCACCCAAGUCAUUUUUGUGAGCACAUGUGUUGGUUCCUACAUGGUCGAUCUCAAGUCUCUACAAGUCAGGAUGGUGUCUCGUCCUUGCAAAAGAAUCUUUCCCUACAUGAGCUUCUACAUCCCAGCAAUGGAAGCAGCUUGUACGGGACAGGGGCAAUGAGCUGGUGUUUCAAGUGUUUAUCAAGCUCAUGGUACUGGACGAAGGGCUUUUGAAUCAAGGAGGAGGUGGUUGUAGUGAUGUUAGUUGUGGCACUAAGUGUGGCUCUGCGUCUGUGAUAUUACUUUUGGUGUUAGUAUUGGGUCAUGCAACUUCGGUUAUGAUGUUCUUGGUUGCUUCCCUGCUUGCAAUUUGUAAAGACCUUUUCAGUCAUUUUGUGAUCUUGUGAAAUAUGGUGA